UUCACAAAAUGCAGUGGCCCUUGUCGACGACCCUUGUUCUGUUGGCCAUUUGCCUUGGUCAUCUCUCUGCUAGACCUCAGGAUAUUGGCACUGGAAUGAUGCUGGCUGUGGGACAGCUUCAGCAACUGGCCGAAACAGGUGGCGGUCUGCGAAACGAGAACAGCAUCGAGGUUUUGGGCCAAAAGAUGAACGGAGGUCUUAACCUUGGCUUCGGCGAGGCCAUGCAGGGAGCUAUGACGGGGAUGCAGGGAAUGUCCCAGGCUAUGCCCGGCAUGGGUUCGAUUCCCAGUUUGGGCCGCAAACGUCGCUUUCUCUUGAGGAACUAACUUCAAUAACUUCAAAUGAUUUUUUUUGGACUUGAAUUUAAUAAAAGGCUUUAAGA